CAACACCUACAGCGUCACUGUCGUCUGCUGCUGACCCUUCACUUCAAACCUGUUCAAGGACAGUCGUUCUACGGAAUUCCGCUUCAGGUGGCAGGAUGAGCUUUGAGUGGGCCCAGAAACAGGUGGAGCAGUUCCAGUUUGACUUCGACCAGGCUGACAAGGAUAAAAGUGGGUCGCUGUCCUUUCAGGAAGUCUACGAUGUCCUAAAGAAAGUGGGUUUUAAGGGUACCAAGGAAGAAGCUCAGCUUAUUUUUGGUCACCUGGACUGCGACAAGGACCAGAAAAUUACAAGGGAUGAGUUCAAAGCUGCCCUCAAUAAUUUGCCCCGUCUGUCAAUCAAAGAGUUUGUCCUCCGGAAGACCUUCUUGAAGCUGGACAAAGAUGGCAGCGGAUACUUAACUAGGUCAGAGAUUAUAGAUGCUACAAAAUCAGAAGCAGGACUGGAGAUUGCUCCAGAGAAAAUUUCUGAUCUCUUGAUUUAUCUGAGCAAGGAGGAUAAAGAUGAAAAGGUUAGCUAUGAAGAGUUCCUGUACGUGUUUGGUGUGGAAUCUGCUGCCACAGUCAUGAAACAAGUGUUUGCCAAGUUGGACACCGAUGGCAGUGGUUUUCUCACCAAGGAGGAGAUUCUGGAGGCUGUCAAGGCGGAGUCUGAGCUGAAGCUGAAAGCUGACAAGAUCGCUGACUUGCUCAUCUAUUGGUGCAAGGACCAGGACAAGAAGAUCAGCUACAAUGAGUUUGUGGAUGUCUGGCUCAAACAGAAAGUGGAAAAGCCAAAGAAAUAA